AAAAAGCCUGUCGAUGUCAACCCCACAUUGUUGAAAACCUUUUUGGGGACAACAUUAGGGUCCGCUUUCUUUGUUCUCUUUUGUUCUCUGCAAGACUGCAACCGCCCGUGCUUAUAAAUCUACGAGCUGUUAGAUAUAGUGGUCAUUUUUAUAACCCCAUCACUAGCAUAAGUAAGCUUUUGUUGGUGCUUUUAUUCUCUUUCUUUGUGCUCCUGCUGUAUAUCGAUGAUCAUUUAUUUGCUUGGUGGCUAAAGAAUGCGAAAUUCUCACUCGGUUGCAUCUUUGUCUGUCAUAUCAUACUAUGCUGUACUUUUACCCUUUGCUGCUUGCUUAUCCCAUGAAGAUGUCAAGGGUCACAAGAGCGCACAGCACAACUUCAAUCACAAGAUGAGCCCUAAGAUGAUCUCGGAUAUCAAUCUUCACGGGGUUCUCUUAUGGGCUUCCAUGGGGUUCUUAAUGCCUCUAGGGGUGAUCACUGUCAGAAUGUCCCACAGAGAGGAAGGUAGAAGAAGGAAAGCUCUAGUCUAUCUUCAUUUUGUUUUCCAGAUUCUAUCAGUUCUUCUUGCCACAGCUGGAGCUAUCAUGUCCAUAAAAUCCUUUGAGAACUCGUUUUACAACAAUCACCAGAGAAUAGGUCUAGGACUUUAUGGAGCUAUAUGGGUGCAAGCUGUUGUGGGAUUUUUGAAGCCUCGGAGAGGGAAUAAAAGAAGAAGCACAUGGUACAUUGUGCAUUGGAUACUUGGAACAGUGAUCUCUCUAGUUGGAAUCAUCAACAUUUAUACAGGCAUAAGUGCUUAUCAUAAGAAAAUGUCCAGAAGCACAAGGCUCUUAGCUAUACUUUUCACAGCCCAGGUCUCUUUCAUGGCUUUCUUUUAUCUGUUUCAAGACAAAUGGGAUUACAUGCAAAAGCAAGGAGUGAUUUUGGGUAACAUUGAAGUGCCAAUCAGUCCCACAGUAUGCAAUCAACACAAUGAUCACAAUCAAAAGAUUUUGGUGCCUGAACCAUGUGGCAAACGCAAUUCACUUAAGAACUUAUUUGACUAAUUACACAGUGGGUUCGUGGGAAUAAUUGCUUUGCUUUCACCUUUCUGUAUAAAUUACCAUAUAACUUGUAUGAUUUGCCAAUUAAUCCGUUUUUUUUUUCUUUUGUGAACUUUUUGAUGCUUGCACUCCAUUUAAUAGUGGAGUUCAUGCAACAAAAAGCAGAGUGUAAUACCACAGUUAGCUCUCUCGGACAUGAAUAUCUCCUGCGGUUGUCUUUGCUAGUCCAAGAUUGAGUAGUAUUUGGCACUAGAAAGGGAACAUUUAAGCAACUGUGCAGCUAUUUCUUUGUAUAAGUUACUGUAAUUGUAAUGUUUGUAUUUGUGUCAGAUCUGAAAGAGUGGUGUAAAUAACUAGAGAAAA